AUGGAGUCUGAAAGUGUGAUAUCCUUCUUCGAUUCCGAAUCAAUUAUAUCGGAAUCUUCAACCUCAAGGUCUCGCAAUACGAGAGGCAGAACUGCAGUGGGGACUUGGAGCCAUGCUCGUACGGCCGUGAGGGGAGAAACGGAGUUCAAAGGCCGGAAUCGCCUUCUCUAUUGCCGUCAUUGCCCCCAGGAGAAUGCCUACAGCACGUCGGUUACCACUAACUUUCGAAAACACCUCGAGAGCAAACACAAUAUCCGGGUUAUAGAAGAUUUGACCCCUCUUCAGUCGUCCAUUUUUGAAGGGUUUGAACAGCUGUACCAGCAAGCGCAGGAUCUGGGUCGCACAACCGAGAUCGAGGCGCAGGUCUUCAAAAGUUACCUUGAUCAAGACAAAAUAAACAAGGCGUUGGCAUGGCUGAUCGUCGUACGAAACCUCCCUUACCGAAUUGUCGAAUCCCGUGAAUUCCAUCUCUUCAUUUCUACCUUGAACCCAGUUGCAAAGGAUUUCCUCCCCUUCGCCCUUUCAACCAUACCGAAAAUCAUAGACCAGCAUUUCCUGUCGGCAAAGGAUGUCAUACGAAAGAAGCUCCAGUCAGCAAUAUCUAAGAUUCAUCUUUCUCUUGAUAUUUGGACGUCUCCAAAUCGACUCCUUCUUCUUGGAAUAUGUGCUCACUUUGUCGACCACGCACAAGAAGCGCGAAGCAAAGCCCUCCUUGCCCUUCGCCCAGUAGCAAACCACUCAGGUGAAGAACAAUUCGUUACCCUUCUUCCGGUCUUGCGAGAUUUUGGCAUUUUGCGACGCAUUGGUAGUGUUGUGGGAGAUAAUUCGAGUACGAACGACACCCUCUGUCGAGCGUCGAGCACAUGUCUUAGGGAAGAGGAGGACAUUGAUUGGGAUCCGGAAGUUCACCGCCUCCGAUGUCUCGGCCAUGUAAUUAACUUGGCUGUCCAGGCUUUCCUGUUCAAAGAUUCGCUAGACUUAAACCAAUGUGAACUGUACGAUGACAGCGAAGGGCAUGCGGAAAUCCAAAAGCAGCGGGCUAAGUUUCGACUCCUUGGCCCGUUGGGCAAACUGCACAACUUGGUUGUCAACAUUCGGAGUUCGUCAGGACGUACCAAAGAGUUCAAGGAGCUUGCAGGGAGAUUAAUUCCCCUGGACAAUCGUACGAGGUGGAAUAGUUGGUAUCAAAUGCUGCAGGUUGCCACUGAACAAGGGAUUGCGAGUGCCCUGGACUCCUACACGAAGAAUCAUUUCGAUGACCUUUCCGCGGAUUUUCUGUUGCCAGAAAAGUGGGUGAGGCUUCGCACAAUUAAAGACAUUCUUCAGCCAUUCUCACGAGCAACAUUGGCCACACAAGGGGAUCACGCCACGCUGGAUAAAUGCGAUAGAUCCAAAACAGACAGUUCGCCUUAUUAUGCAGCCGCCUUGAUCCUCCAUCCAAGUUAUCGCAAGACGUAUAUCUACGCGAACUGGAAGAAGAAAUGGCAUAAACCUGCUUUUAAGCAGGUUAAGGACCUUUGGCUCGCAUACCGAGAUGCAACAGAUGCCGAUGCCCUUUCGCACCAUCUAGUGGAUGAUGAGGGAGACAAGGAUCUCGAUGCGUUUGAUCGUAUUUCUAGGAAUCUGCAGAAUUGUACUCGGCCAUCAAGUCAAGAUGAGUAUGAAGAUUACAUUUCGUAUGAUCCGUACGACAUUACGCCGAUGACUGCUUUGUCAUGGUGGCUUCAAGAGCAACAAAGGAAACGAUGGCCACGGCUAUCACGGAUGGCAAUAGAUAUUCUGUCAAUGCCAGCUAUGAGUGAUGAGCCGGAGCGAGUAUUCUCAGGCACUCGUCGCACUAUCUCCUGGGAAAGGGCAUAA